GGUAAUUUCGUGUUGGGCACAAUUUUUCGUUCAAUCUUCUCCUAUUUCCGUGAGCUUAGGGUUUACUUUUUCGUCCCUCCCGUUACGCUGAUUGUAUGAACAAAACACCAAUCUGUAAUAAUCUCUUCUUCUAGAGGCGGUUUCAUUAUUGAUUUUGUAUUUAUUCACUCAAUAAUUUGUUUAAUCCGACUGAUCGAUAUAUAAUUGUAGCUGGUUUGAUUCAUUUGGUUUUGAUUUUUCCCGUUAACGUUAAUUGAUAUAGCAGCUGAAAGGCUCAAUUUCUUCGAAAAGUGAAGAUGGGCAGAGAGCGGCAACUGUCUCGGUCGCCGUCGCACCGUAGAAGGUACUCGCCGUCGCCUUCUGAGGUGAGGUAUGGACGCCGGAGCCGGAGAGAGAGAAGCAGAUCUCCUUAUUCCUAUAGCAGGUGAUACCCUUUUACUUAUACUUGCAGGUCGAUUAUAUUAGGGAUUUGUGUUUUUAUAUUUAAAUUUAGUUGCUGAUGACAAUCAAUUAAUAUUAAGAGGCGAUGGGGAUUUUCUUUUCCCAUAAUGAGUUCCUAUAAGCUUAUGUUGAGAGGACAGCUCCGGCUAUCUACUUUACUGAUCAGACCAUUAUGAAUUUGUAAUAUGCAGAAACUAUUAUUACAAUAUGUGGUUUGAUGGUUUUUUUUGUACCAGGUUUCGGGUGCUUUUGGUUGCCAUUACCACUAGAAAAGUAAAGAUUUUAACGUAAAAUGAGAGAAAGACCAAUCUUUAUUAGAUUAAGAUAGGGUAGCUUAUUUGAAAUUGAAUAUGAUGAUGUUACGUUUCAGGAUAAGUUAUAAUGAUGAAGUUUUAGUUUAAAAUUUGAGUAUAUGUAUAUUCAUUACUCUACUUUGGAAACAAAACUAAUUUGAAUUCCGUAACUUUUGUUAGUUAAAUGUGUUCCAAUUAUUUUGUUGAUGUAUUCAAUCUGGACACUUUUCCGGACUAUUGUGGGGUGCACUGUUGUGAACUUUACCCGUAAUAAUUGCUCAUCAUAUUGGUUUUAUUUGUUUUAGAUGAUCUAGCAGAUGCUUACAGAUUGUGUAUCUUUGGUGUCCUAGUGCCAUGUUGCUGCCUAUGAGAGUUUUCGCUUUCCAUCAGCACCUUGAUAUUCUUCAUGCUUAUGGUUGUUGACUUGAUGAUCUGUCACCUUUCGUAAAGCUGCUAAAUUGUAAUUUUAAUGGCUUAUACAUCCUCAUGCUGGGAGCUUCUAUGCACCAAAAAAAAACAUUAGAAAGUGAGAUACAUACUCUUUUAACACAUAGGUUGAAUGAGGUAGCCAAGAUGAUUGACCUUUGAGAAAUCUAGAAAAGAAACAAUGGCUCCUUUUGACUGAGAAGUAAGCUGGUGAUAGGUGCCGUUGGUGUUAUUUCACUGCUCGGUUGUGAAAAUAGCAGUGUCUUAUGAUAAAAGAUGCAGCACCCAGUUUAUUCUUUGCAAUAUGUGAGAAGACAAAGGCGCUCAUUAUCCUCUCGACACAGAAGUCGCUCUCCCACUCCAAGACGUCGUAAAAGCCGCUCACCUACACCAAAGCAGAAUAAAAGACAAAGAAAAAGGAGCACUUCUUCAUCCCCUUUAAGUGAAUCCCCACUCAUUGGUACCAAAGAGAUGAAAGAUGCAACUGAAAAAUUGAAAACAGAGGAAGAGGACAAGAAAAGGCGUCAGCAGGAGUUAGAAUUAAAACUAAUUGAAGAAGAAACGGCAAAAAGAGUAGCAGAAGAAAUUCGAAAGAAAGUUGAAGAGAGCUUGAAUUCCGAGGAAAUCAAUCUUGAGAUAGCGAGGCGUCUGGAGGAAGGAAGGAAGAAACUUGUUUCUGAGGUUGCGGCCCAGCUUGAAAAAGAAAAGGAAGCAGCAGUUAUAGAGGCUCGGAAGAGAGAGGAACAAGCACAAAGGGAGAAAGAAGAGCUGGAAAGGAUGCUGGAAGAGAAUAGGCGGAAGGUGGAAGAAGCUCAAAGAAGAGAAGCUUUGGAACAGCAAAGACGCGAAGAGGAACGUUAUAGAGAAUUGGAAGAACUUCAGAGGCAGAAAGAAGUGGCCUUGCGAAAGAAAAAACAACAAGAGGAGGAAGAACGAGCUAACCAAAUGAAGUUAUUGGGGAAGAACAAAUCACGUCCAAAGGUGUCAUUUGCGCUAGGUAUGAAAUGACAAAUUAUUGUAUCAUGUCUCAUGGUCUUUUUUUGGUUGAUUUGUUUCUGGUUUCUAGUAUAUUUUGGGUGGGUGGGUGGGUGGGUGGGGCUGGGGGAUACUUAGAAAUGCAAUGUCAUCUCUUGUGACUUAUCAAUAUAAGAUUGUCUUUCACAUUUCUAGAGUAAUUUGUACGUGGAUAUUAGUGUUAUGUCAUUCCAUGAAUUUCAUAU